GCGGGAAGCAGCGCGGGGCGGCCGCCGCAGCCACUCCGCUCCCCGGCCCGAUGCCGGCGGGCGGUGAGGAGGGGACCCCCGGGCACGGCCCGCCAGCCGCACCCCCCGGCCGCCGCCGCCCCGCGCCCGGCACCGAACCCGGCGAGGACUCCGGGGGCAGCCGCGUGCUGCGGGGCGGUCGUGACCGGGGCCGAGCCUCCGCCGCCGCCGCUUCGGCUUCGGGGGCGGCCGCCGCCUCCCGCCGCCGUAAAGCCGAGUAUCCCCGGCGCCGCCGCAGCAGCCCCGGUGCCCGAGGAGCAGCCACCGCCGCCGAGCAGCCCGCCGCCGAGCCGCAGUCUGCAGCCAGGAAGGGCGCCCCCCGCCUCGGGUGCACGGAUAAAGCAGCUGGUAAAGAUCCCAAAGAAGAGAAGGAAGAGGAGGAGGUUUCCAGCCCCCUCAGCCAUGGCUCCGCUGCCGGCGCAGCCCGGCCCAGCAGAAGCUGGCGCAGCAGCAGGUCGGCCGCCACGGCCCGCCAGCGCGACACCGAGAACCUGCGUGCCUCCAGGUCCAAGACCGGCUCCCUGCAGCUCGUCUGCAAGUCAGAACCCAACGUGGACCAGCUUGAGUACGAGGUCACGGAAGAGCAUCAGUCUCCAGCUGGAAUCAGCAGCGAUGAUGAGGAAGAGAUCCUUGUCAGCGAGGAAGAAGUUCCCUUCAAAGACGAUCCAAGAGAUGAGACCUACAAGCCCCAUCUAGAAAAGGAAACCCCAAAGCAAAGGAGAAAAGCUGGCAAGGCGAAAGAGGAAAAAGAGAAGCAGAAAGAGAUUAAAGUAGAGGUAAAAGAAGAGAGUGAGUUUCAUGAAGAUGAAGAGCCGCCAAGGAAGAGGGGAAGGAGAAGAAAGGAUGACAAGAGCCCGAGGUUGCCCAAGAGAAGGAAGAAGCCCCCGAUACAGUACGUCCGCUGUGAGAUGGAAGGCUGUGGCACCGUGCUGGCUCACCCACGGUACCUGCAGCAUCACAUCAAGUACCAGCACUUGCUGAAGAAAAAAUACGUGUGUCCCCAUCCCUCCUGCGGCCGGCUCUUCCGCCUCCAGAAGCAGCUGCUGCGGCAUGCCAAACACCACACAGAUCAAAGGGAUUACAUCUGCGAGUACUGUGCCCGGGCGUUUAAGAGUUCUCAUAACUUGGCGGUGCACCGAAUGAUCCAUACGGGCGAGAAGCCCUUGCAGUGUGAGAUCUGUGGGUUCACCUGCCGGCAGAAGGCUUCCCUGAACUGGCACAUGAAGAAGCACGACGCCGACUCUUUCUACCAGUUCUCCUGCAACAUUUGCGGCAAGAAAUUCGAGAAGAAGGACAGCGUUGUGGCCCACAAAGCCAAGAGCCACCCCGAAGUGCUUAUUGCUGAAGCGCUGGCCGCCAACGCGGGUGCCCUGAUCACCAGCACUGACAUCCUGGGCACUAACCCCGAGGCCAUCGCACCGCCCACCGAUGGCCAGGGCCUCCCCCUUCUUCCCGACCCCCUGGGAAGCGCUGCCCCGGCGGAUUGCCUGCUGCUGAACCCCGACGGGAUGCCCAAGACGUAUUGCGGCGGGGCGGAGCGCGUGAGCCUGGUGGCUGACGGCAAGCUCUUCGUGGGCAGCGGCAGCAGCGCGACCCCAGAAGGGCUGGUCAUGAACACAGAGAUCCUGGGAGCCACCACGGAGGUGCUCAUCGAAGAUUCAGACUCCACUGGACCCUAGUGGGCGGGGAGCACGUGGGUGCUGGGACAGCUCGGACUCUGUAUUUAAAAGGAAAAAUAAUGGAGACGCGUAUUGAAAGAGAAAAGUGAAGCAAAACUUAAAAUACUAGUAAAUAACCGAAGGGUCUGCUCUCCUCCGGCGUGGAUCACGGCACGUCCUCUUUCUCCCACCCACUUCUGUCUUGUCACUGCUCCUUUUAGGAAAGGGGCACACGCUGCCGUUACCAGAGCAAGUUGGACUGAGCGAUGGAUUUCUCCGAGGGAGGGGGAAUGGCCGGAAAACCCUUUGCUCUGCCCCAAAGCAGAUGCCUUUCUUGACGUGGCCCCACUUGCAAACUAGAAAGCAUUUCGGUGUGCUCUGGAUGAGUUUCUUAGGACUCCCUUCCGCCCCGUGGUCCCAACUUCUAUGCACCACUGCACUCUGGUCCUUGCAGUCUCCUUCUUCUUCUGGGGUUGGGAGUUUGGCUUGGCACUUUAGGCCCCCUCGGCAGGGUGAGCUGUGGAGGAGCACGCGUCCCCGGCCUCACCGCGCUCCUCCGCGCUGUCUCUGGCAGGAAGUUGAGGGAACGCCCUGGCUCGUAGAUCAUGUUUGCUUGGAGAGGCCCCGGGGGCUACGGGAGCCCUGCGUGGGAGAGGCAAGGAGGAGCAUCCCAGUUUGACGACAGUAAUUUGCACUUUGAACAUGUUUCGUUUUUGUGUUGUGGUAA